AUGCGGCCUCGAAGUCUGGGGGCAGCCUCCUCCUUGGCCCCCUGCGAGGGCCGGGGCCUGGCCUACCUGCCAGUUCUGCCUGAUGUGAUUCCUUUUGAAGAGUUGACGAAGCCCUUGUCGUUUGCUGACUGUGUUGGGGAUGAGCUGCCGUGGGGCUGGGAAGCGGGGUUCGACCCUCAGAUUGGUGUCUACUACAUCGAUCACAUCAACAAAACCACCCAGAUUGAAGACCCGAGAAAGCAAUGGCGGGGCGAGCAGGAGAAGAUGCUUAAGGACUAUCUCUCGGUGGCUCAGGAUGCCCUCAGGACGCAGAAGGAGCUGUACCACGUGAAGGAGCAGAGGCUGGCGCUGGCCCUCGAUGAAUACGUGCGAUUGAACGAUGCCUAUAAGGAGAAGUCCAGCUCUCACACAAGCUUGUUCUCAGGAUCUUCAUCUAGUACUAAAUAUGAUCCUGAUAUUUUAAAAGCCGAGAUCUCCACUACGCGAUUAAGGGUGAAAAAGCUGAAGAGGGAGCUCUCGCAGAUGAAGCAGGAAUUGCUCUAUAAGGAACAAGGCUUUGAAACCUUGCAACAAAUUGAUAAAAAAAUGUCUGGUGGCCAGAGUGGCUAUGAACUCAGCGAAGCCAAAGCCAUUCUCACAGAGCUGAAGUCCAUCAGAAAGGCUAUUAGCUCAGGAGAGAAAGAAAAACAGGACUUGAUGCAGAGCCUUGCUAAGCUGCAGGAGCGGUUUCACCUGGAUCAGAGCAUCGGCAGAUCAGAGCCAGACCUGAGAUCCAGUCCCGUGAACUCCCAUCUGUCUCUCUCCAGACAGACCCUUGAUGCCGGGUCCCAGACAAGCAUUUCCGGAGAGAUCGGAGCGAGAAGUAGAUCGAAUUUAGCUGAAAAGGUCAGGCUGAGCCUGCAGUAUGAAGAAGCCAAGAGAAGCAUGGCCAACCUGAAAAUUGAGUUGUCGAAAUUGGACAGUGAGGCUUGGCCCGGGGCGCUGGAUAUUGAGAAGGAGAAGCUGAUGCUGAUUCAUGAAAAAGAAGAACUUUUGAAAGAGCUUCAGUUUGUCACUCCGCAAAAGCGCACGCGAGACGAACUGGAGCGCCUGGAGGCCGACCGGCAGCGGCUGGAGGAGGAGCUGCUGUCCGUGAGGGGCGCGCCCAGCCGGGCGCUGGCCGAGAGAUUGAAACUGGAAGAGCGAAGGAAAGAGCUGCUCCAGAAACUCGAAGAAACGACCAAAUUAACGACUUACCUGCAUUCACAGCUUAAAAGCCUCUCCGCCAGCACCCUGUCCAUGUCGUCGGGGAGCAGCCUGGGCUCCCUGGCCUCCAGCCGGGGGUCCCUGAACACCUCCAGCAGAGGCUCGCUCAACUCCCUCAGCUCCAGCGAGCUCUACUACAGCAGCCAGGGCGACCAGCUGGACGCGGACUAUCAGUACAAACUGGACUUCCUUCUGCAAGAAAAGGGUGGCUACACUCCCUCCGGACCCAUCACCACCAUCCACGAGAACGAAGUGGUCAAGUCCCCCAGCCAGCCCGGCCAGAGCGGCCCCUGCGGGGCGGCGGCCGCCGCAGCAGGCCACGCUCCCCCGCUGGCUGAGGCCCCCAAGUCUGUGACGUCCCUGUCCUCCAGGUCCUCCCUGUCCUCCCUGUCCCCUCCUGGCUCCCCCCUGGUGUUAGAAGGCACGUUUCCCAUGUCUCCCCACGACGUCCCUCUUCACCAGUUCACCUCUGACUUUGACGACUGUGAGCUGAGCAGCCACUUCGCAGACAUGGGCCUCGGCGAAAGUCAGAUGCUGCUGGACGCUGAUUCGGGAGGCACGGCCCAGUCCCUGCUGGAGGGCAAAGGGCUGCCCGAAGGGGCCCGGGAGCCCUUCUACGAAGGAGCUGCAGAUGUGGAAAAGUCGAUACCGAAAAGGAGAGGAGCCCACCUGCUGGGGGAGAGGACGGCGUGUGUGUCGGCCGCCGUGUCUGACGAGUCGGUGGCUGGAGACAGCGGGGUCUACGAGGCGUUUGUGAAACAGCCCAGUGAAGCCGAAGACGUUACUUACACCGAGGAGGAAGCUUCCGUCGUGGAGACGGCCCAGGUGCAGAUCGGACUCAGAUACGAUGCGAAAAGGUCAAGUUUCGUGGUAAUUAUAGCACAACUCCGGAACCUUCACGCCUUCCUGAUACCUCAUACUUCAAAAGUGUACUUCAGGGUUGCUCUGCUGCCCUCCUCGGCGGACGUCAGCUGCCUGUUUCGAACAAAAGUCCACCCGGCCACGGAGUCCCUUCUGUUCAAUGACAUGUUCCGAGUGGCUGUUUCCCAGACGGCCUUGCAGCAGAAGACGCUGCGGGUGGACCUGUGCUGCGUGAGCACCCACCGCCGGGAGGAGUGCCUGGCUGGAACUCAGAUCAGCCUGGCCGAUCUGCCGUUUUCCAAUGAGAUUUUCACCUUGUGGUAUAACUUGCUUCCUUCUAAGCAGAUGCCUCCCAAAAGGAAUGAAGAAAAACACGAGGAUUCUGUAUUUCAACCAGCCCAGACACCGGUGGACCCGAUAGACUUGGACGCAGUGUCAGCCUUACUGGCAAGAACGUCGGCUGAGCUGUUGGCUGUGGAGCAGGAAUUAGCCCAAGAAGAAGAAGAAUCGGGGCCGGAAGAAGGGCAGAGGGGCCCAGACGGAGACUGGCUGACGAUGCUGAGAGAGGCCUCCGAUGAAAUCGUGGCUGAAGAAGAGGCUGAAGCUGCGUCGCCAGAGGGCAGCAGCCAUACAGAAGACUUAAGCUCGUGCCCCAGUGUGCCCGAGACACAUGAAGGCACGAGUGGGGGAGAAAACAGCUGUGCCAAAGACCUCGGGAGUCAGCCACCUGCCGGGACGCCCACCCUCGUGAGUAUUCCAGCCCCGCUCUCCCGAGGCAGGGCUCGUAGGCACCAUGCCGCCGAGUUUGGCUCUUUGGGCGUAACUCCGCACCCAGACUUCAUGCAGAACGGCCCGAUCGUGCGCUCGCAGACCUUCUCCCCCGGCGAGCGCAGCCAGUACGUCUGCCGGUUAAAUCGAAGUGACAGUGACAGCUCCACCCUGGCUAAGAAAUCUCUGUUCGUGAGAAACUCCACUGAACGGCGCAGUCUGAGGGUCAAAAGGGCGGUGUGCCAGCCUGUCCUUCGACGAGCAGCGCAGGAGUGCCCCGUGCGCACAUCCCUGGACUUGGAACUGGACCUGCAGGCCUCCCUCACCCGCCAGAGCCGCCUCAACGAUGAGCUGCAGGCCCUGCGGGGCUUGAGGCAGAAGCUGGAGGAGCUGAAAGCUCAGGGGGAGACGGACCUCCCGCCAGGGGUGCUGGAAGAUGAGAGGUUCCAGAAGCUCCUGAAACAAGCUGAGAAGCAGGCUGAACAGUCCAAAGAGGAACAGAAGCAAGAUUUGAAUGCGGAGAAGUUGAUGAGACAAGUCUCCAAGGACGUGUGUCGGCUCCGGGAGCAGAGCCGGAAGGUGCCUCGGCAGGUGCAGUCCUUCAGGGAGAAGAUCGCCUACUUCACCAGAGCGAAGAUCAGCAUCCCUUCCCUGCCGGCCGAUGACGUGUGACUCGUCGCCGAAGAGCCGAGCGUCUCACCUGGUCAUUUCUUUGAGAGGAAGAGACUGAACUUUGGUGUGGUGGGUUUGUUUGGGGAGGGGUGUACUAUAACUGUCAACUCUUAAAGAGCUUUUAUUUCACAUCAGAAUUUCAACAUGUUCAUUGAUAAAGUAUCUUGAAUGUAAUUCUUACAUAAAAAAAGCAAAAAAAGUCAGGUAACCACAACGGGAUAAUCUGGUACACAGAGACGUUUGUUGCACAGCAUGUGUGUAGCCAGUGGGCUGUGGAACCGAGGCAGAGCCAGGGUGCGUCCCUUGAGCCGACUUGCAGAGGAACUCACAGAAGGUGGCCUUUGCUACCCUGGUUUUCCUGCCAGGAGCCCGGGGAGCUGGCACGGGCGCCCUGGGGGGUCUUGCACUCGAGCAGCUCUUGCUGCAGGAAGGUCAGCGUGAGCACGAGCUUCGGUGAGGAGCCCGGAGCCCGCCUGAAAUGGGCUGUGUUCAUUUCCGUCACCCGUGUGGGAACACUUUGUUUCCUUAAAACAGUCUUUUUUUGUUCUUUUUUUGUUUGUCUAAAGAAAACAAAAACAAAAUGCUGAGUUCAAGCACAUAAGAAUGCAAAUACGGGAGCGGGCUCCCGGCUGCACUACAGACCCUGCGCCUAGGACACAGGGCAGGGAGGAGAGAGCCGCCUGCGGCCACGAGCACAAGCUCACCCCAGCCACCUGAGCGAGGUGGGCAUCGGGUGUGACUCCCCCGACCUGAGCGAGGGUGGGCAUCAGGUGUGAGUGAGUCUGGCUCCCCCGACCUGAGCGAGGUGGGCAUCGGGUGUGAGUCUGGCUCCCCCGACCUGAGCGAGGUGGGCAUCGGGUGUGAGUCUGGCUCCCCUGACCUGAGCGAGGGUGGGCAUCGGGUGUGAGUCUGGCUCCCCUGACCUAAGCAAGGGUGGGCAUCGGUGUGAGUGAGUCUGGCUCCCCUGACCUGAGGGAGGGUGGGCAUCGGGUGUGAGUCUGGCUCGCACAGUGAUGUUCCGUCCGAGGCGUGAGGAUGGUGUUGACUAGAGAACGUGGUGACCCGCCUUCUAAGGACAGACAUUCUGAUGAUGUGGAGGGAGACGCGUCAGCACACACCUGGUGAAACCAGCAACAGAGGAAAGGGUAUCUUGAAUGAAUCAAAGUUGCCAAAAAAAAAAAAAAAUUUAAUCCUUUAUUAAACAGAUUUGUACCAUUUAGUGGCAAUUACUUUGCAGCUCUCAUUUAGGGGAUCCUGUCGAUAAUUUAUGGUAAGAAGUUGGGAGUCGGAGAGACUAUUAAUCUGAAGUAUAAGCUGAGUCAUUUGUCUCAAACAAAAGCCACUGCAGAUGAGCAAGUUUAGAGCUUGACCCAACUGAAGCGCCUUCCAGUGCAGGGUUUUAGCUCAUCCAGCUCAAGCGCUUCCUUAAGGAAACAAACCCCAGUGUAGCUCUGCCCUCAUAAAGGCUUUUAAAGUGAACAGUUCUAUGCAAUUCAAAUCAUGCUUAUUAGUCUCUAAUACUGGAAGAGGCCGUUUUUGGUGAGCCGUCUUUUAUAGCAAACGAAAUCCUUUUUUUUAGAAAUGCAAAAACCAUCUUAAAGGAAUGGGCCCCUUUAACACACACACACAAGUUCUGUUUCUAAGACAGAAUCCUCAUUAGCAAGAAUUUUUAUCUUCUUGAAAGUAAUCACACAUCUUUUAGAAAAUGCAUUUGAUCAGAAUCAGAAUUCAGAGGAAGCCAUGUCUGAGCCUAGACCUUUGUUUCUAAGUGUCCACCACGUCUGUACAAGCGUCUCGGAAGCUGUAACCGGACGUGACACUACUUUGCGCAGAGACCAGCCUUGUGAGUCGACUGCACGCAGCCCCUCGGGGCUGUCCCAGCUCAUUCUCUCAGAUGACAGGAAAACCAGAAAAAGACCAUUCAUCCUUGUCAAGGUCAAAUGUGAAAGACAGAAGUUUAUUUAAUGCAGAGUGAGAUGAAGGUCAGCUGUUGUCAGCUUCUUAGUUUGACCGUGAAAAUGUUUAUAGAACUAUGUGUAGUUGUACCGUACGAUUUUAUUUUCUUCAUUUAUUUAUUUACGGUCUUAUUUAUGUUCUGUUUAAUAUAUAGUUCGGUUCUGGCCAUUUUAAAUGUUUGACAUAGAAGAGGCUCUAUUGGAAUAUUUACAGCUUUAUAAAUCUUCAGCAUAUUAGCUGUUAACUUUUUGCGAUACAAAAAGUUAUUCCGACAAGUGUAAAGGAAGGAAAUCUGUCUCAGGCUGGUAGUUAACAGCUGUGACCAAGAAGCUUGCAGUUUUAUUUUACAAAAUUUGCUCAUUUCUAACGUGAGAGAUAAACUUAUUUUAAUAUACUCUUUUUCCACACUUUAAAAAUCAGCAAUAGUGUUAUGUAUUUAUAGGCAGCUUUUAACAAUCCUGUCGUAUUUGUACUAACCCGGAUGAUUCACAGUGACAAAACAGUUUAAUAACUUGAUCACAAACCCACAUGGACAAUAUGAAUUUUAAUAUUAUAAAUGCUAUUUUUUAAAGGUAGAAUUUAUUCGGCACAGGGUAAAAAGAAUGUAAUAUUUAGUUCUCAAGUUUGAAUUAUCAAUACAUUACUACAAUUUUGUAUAUCGGAAUCUAAGUGUUACAGGUACAAAAAGCAUAUUGCUAGCCAAGUGAACAAAGUUUAGCUGAAUCUCUAUCGCAUGGAAAUCAAAUAAAUUUAAAAUCUUUUUUUUUUUUUUUUUUUGCUAUUACUUUAUAUUGUAUUAAAUAUCAAAAGCUCAGGACUGAACUAAAUAUUUAAUCAGGUUAAAUUCUAAAUAUGUUUCUGUUUUAAUCUGUCUUGUUUGUAAAAGUGUGCAAAUACAUCACAUAGAUUAACUCGUUUCUGCACUUUUCAUGUGUUUGUGGGUGGAAAAAAUUCAGUGGUUUUUUUUUUUUCCAACAAAGAUACAUAUUGCCUAA